AUGGCCAGGGGCCCCAGCCUCGCGCCGCCUCCGCUGCUGGCGCUGCUGGUGCUGGCGGCGGUGUCUGGCUACGCUGUCGCGCAGUACAACUGCACAUGCCCCACCAACAAGAUGACCGUGUGCUCCCAGGAUGGCCCUGGGGGCCGCUGCCAAUGCCGCGCGCUCGGCUCGGGCGUGGUGGUCGACUGCUCCAAGCUGACCUCCAAGUGCCUGCUGCUCAAGGCCCGCAUGAGCGUCCCUAAGAGCGGUCGUCGACUGGUGCGGCCGAACGAGCACGCGAUCGUGGACAAUGAUGGCCUCUACGACCCCGAAUGUGACCACGAGGGCCGCUUCAAGGCGCGCCAGUGCAAUCAGACGUCGGUGUGCUGGUGCGUGAACUCGGUGGGUGUGCGCCGCACGGACAAGGGCGACCAGMACCUGCGCUGCGAUGAGGUGGUGCGUACCCACCACAUCCUCAUUGACUUGCGCCACCGCGCGACCGACCGCGCCUUCAACCACUCGGACCUGGACACCGAGCUGCGGCGGCUCUUCCGCGAGCGCUAUCAGCUGCACCCCAGGUUCCUGACGGCUGUGCACUAUGAGGAACCCACCAUUCAGAUCGAGCUGUGGCAGAACGCGUCGCAGAAAGUCCCCGGCGACGUGGACAUCGCUGACGCCGCCUACUACUUUGAGAGAGAUAUCAAGGGCGAGUCGCUGUUCGCGGGCCCAGGAGGCCUGGACAUGCAGGUGCGCGGUGAGCCUCUGCACGUGGAGCGGACGCUGAUCUAUUACCUGGACGAGAAGCCUCCCCAAUUCUCCAUGAAGCGCCUCACCGCCGGCCUCAUCGCCGUCAUCGUGGUGGUCGUGGUAGCCUUGGUCGCUGGCCUGGUUGUCCUGGUGAUCACCAACCGGAGGAAGUCCGGGAAGUAUAAGAAGGUGGAGAUCAAAGAACUGGGGGAGUUGAGAAAUGAACCCAGCUUGUAG